AUGUCAGCUAUCAACAAGCUGGUAUUAGUCUUCCCUCCUCUCCCUCUCCUUCUUUCGGUCUUUUUCUCAAACAGUGUUUAUAUAUCUUCUUUUCUUAUCUGUAAUUUUGUCUUUUAAUCAUUAGAUGUUUUAUUUGUUUUUACCAUUGUGUUUUAAUUAAUACUUUUACGUUCUAUCCUCUGGGAAUACAUUGUUCAAAUGUAUUUUUUUCCCCAAAUAAAUUCAAUUCAGAAAGUAUUCACACCACUUGACUUUUUUGACAUUUUGUUGUGUUACAAAGUGGGAUUAAAAUUGAUUGAAUUGUCUUUUUUUGUCAACGAUCUACACAAAAUACUCUGUCAAAGUGGAAGAAAAAUUCUAACAUUUGUAAAACAUUUAUAAAAAAUUUGAAAACAUAAUUCAACCCCCUGAGUCAAUACAUGUUAGAAUCACAUUUGGCAGCGAUUACAGAGUCUUUCUGGGUAAAUCUCUAAGAGCAUUCCACACCUGGAUUGUACAAAACAUUUCCAUUAUUCUUUUCUAAAUUCUUCAAGCUCUGUCAAAUUGGCUGUUGAUCAUUGCUAGACAACCAUUUUCAGGUCUUGCCAUAGAUUUUCAAGCAGAUUUAAGACAAAACUGUAACUCGGCCACUCAGGGACAUUCACUGUCUUCUUGGUAAGCAACUCCAGUGUAGAUUUGGCCUUGUGUUUUAGGUUAUUAUCCUGCUGAAAGGUGAAUUCCUCUCCCAGUGUCUGGUGGAAAGCAGACUGAACCAGGUUUUCCUUUAGGAUUUUGCCUGUGCUUAGAUCCAUUCCGUUUCUUUUUUAUCCUGAAAAGCUCCCCUGUCCUUAACAAUUACAAGCAUACCCAUAACAUGAUGUUUCUUCACCACUAUGCUUGAAAAUAUGGAGAGUGGUACUCAGUAAUGUGUUGUAUUCGAUUUGCCCCAAACAUAACACUUUGUAUUCAGGACAAAAAGUGAAUUGCUUUGCCACAUUUUUUGCAGUAUUAUUUUAGUGCCUUGUUUGGAAUAUGUUUAUUCUGUACAGAAAUUCACUGCUCGACUGGGGGACCUUACAGAUAAUUGUGCAGUAUAUCUGGGGUACAGCGAUGAGGUAGUCAUUAAAAAAAAUCUAAAAUCACUUAUUUAGGCUUGCCAUAAGAAAGGGAUUAAAUACGUAUUUCAGACAUUUUCAUUUUUAAUUAAUUUGUUAAAAAAAUCGAAAAACAUCAUUCCACUUUCACAGUAUGGGGUAUUGUGUUUAGGCCAGUGACAAAAAAAGUGUAUCAUUUUUUAAUUCAGGCUGUAACACAACAAAAUGUGGAAAAAGUCUGGGGUGUAAAGGCACUGUAAAUUAUCUUUCCAGUCAAGGCCAGCUGUGAGGGCCUUUCUCUUUCGUCAUAAACAUAUGUAUCCCUUUUUUCUUUCAGCUUCCCUUUCUUCCCUCUCCCUAUAUUAUGGUUCUGUAUUAUUUUCCUAAUGGGGAUUUAGUUUUAACAUGCUCUCUGAUUUGGGCAAUUUUCCUAUCAGGCUGUGAGAUAUAUUUUGCAAAUAUCUCCAUGAAUAUUUCUCUCUCCUUCUCUCCCUCCCUUCUCUCCCCCCCAUCCCCCUCUUCUCCCUCUCCCAGGUGAAUCUGUUUGUGCUGUUGUCAGUGGUGUGUGUUCUCCUCAACCUGGCCGGCUUCAUCCUCUGCUGUCAAGGGGCUCAGCUGGUCUCCACCAUGACCAACUGCCAACUGGUGAGACACACACACACAAACACACACACACACACACACACACACACACACACACACACACACGCAGGCAUCACACGCAAACACACUCUUUCUCUGAUUUGAUGUGUGUGUAGGUGUUUGAUUAGUUGAGUGUGUGUGCAGAUGUGAUGAUGUUGUGUGUAUGUGUUUGAUUAUGGUGUGAGACAGACAACGAUUGGGGAUAAGUGGAUCAUGAUUAUCAGGGAUCUAUUUCCACAUUUGUUUGUGUGUUGUUAUUAUAGGGGGCAUUUAGAUGUCUUAGGUGGCAGGCUGUACUCCUGUAUUCAUUCUCUCUCUCUCUCUUUCGCUGUCUCGCUCGCUCACUCACACACACACACACACACACACACACCACACACACACACACACACACACACACACACACACAGCUUCUUGCAUUCAGAAGGUACAGUGGCUUGCGAAAGUAUUCACCCACCUUGGCAUUUUUCCUAUUUUGUUGCCUUACAACCUGGAAUUAAAUUUGAUUUUUUGGGGGGGUUUGUAUCAUUUGAUUUACAUAACAUGCCUAUCACUUUGAAGAUUAAAAAUAUUUUUUGGGUGAAACAAACAAGAAAUAAGACAAAAAAACAGAACUUGAGCGUGCAUAACUAUUCACCCCCCCAAAGUCAAUACUUUGUAGAGCCACCUUUUGCAGCAAUUACAGCUGCAAGUCUCUUAGGGUAUGUCUCUAUAAGCUUGGCACAUCUAGCCACUGGGAUUUUUGCCCAUUCUUCAAGGCAAAACUGCUCCAGCUCCUUCAAGUUGGAUGGGUUCCGCUGGUGUACAGCAACCUUUAAGUCAUACCACAGAUUCUCAAUUGGAUUGAGGUCUGGGCUUUGACUAGGCCAUUGCAAGACAUUAAAAUGUUUCAACCUUAAACCACACAAGUGUUGCUUUAGCAGUAUGCUUAGGGUCAUUGUCCUGCUGGAAGGUGGACCUCCGUCCCAGUCUCAAAUCUCUGGAAGACUGAAACAGGUUUCCCUCAAGAAUUUCCCUGUAUUUAGCGCCAUCCAUCAUUCCUUCAAUUCUGACCAGUUUCCCAGUCCCUGCCGAUGGAAAAACAUCCCCACAGCAUGGUGCUGCCACCACCAUGUUUCACUGUGGGGAUGGUGUUCUCGGGGUGAUGAGAGGUGUUGGGUUUGUGCCAGACAUAGCGUUUUCCUUGAUGGCCAAAAAGCUAAAUUUUAGUCUCAUCUGACCAGAGUACCUUCUUCCAUAUGUUUGGGGAGUCUCCCACAUGCCUUUUGGCGAACAGCAAACGUGUUUGCUUAUUGUUUUCUUUAAACAAUGGCUUUUUUCUGGCCACUCUUCCGUAAAGCCCAGCUCUGUGGAGUGUACGGCUUAAAGUGGUCCUGUGGACAGAUACUCCAAUCUCCGCUGUGGAGCUUUGUAGCUCCUUCAGGGUUAUCUUUGGUCUCUUUGUUGCCUCUCUGAUUAAUGCCCUCCUUGCCUGGUCUGUGAGUUUUGGUGGGCGGCCCUCUCUUGGCAGGUUUGUUGUGCCAUAUUCUUUCAAUUUUUUAAUAAUGGAUUUAAUGGUUCUCUGUGGGAUAUUCAAGGUUUCUGAUAUUUUUUUAUAACCCAACCCUGAUCUGUACUUCUCCACAACUUUGUCCCUGACCUGUUUGGAGAGCUCAUUGGUCUUCAUGGUGCUGCUUGCUUGGUGGUGCCCCUUGCUUAGUGGUGUUGCAGACUCUGGGGCCUUUCAAAACAGGUGUAUAUAUACUGAGAUCAUGUGACAGAUCAUGUGACACUUAGAUUGCACACAGGUGGACUUUAUUUAACUAAUUAUGUGACUUCUGAAGGUAAUUGGUUGCACCAGAACUUAUUUAGGGGCUUCAUAGCAAAGGGGGUGAAUAUAUAUGCAUGCACCACUUUUCCGUUAUUGAUUUUUUAGAAUUUUUUGAAACAAGUUAUUUUUUUCAUUUCACUUCCCCAAUUUUGAUUAUUAACUGUAUGUCCAUUACAUGAAAUCAAAAUCCAUUUAAAUUACAGGUUGUAAUGCAACAAAAUAGGAAAAAUGACAAGGGGGAUGAAUACUUUUGCAAGGCACUGUAUUCACAUCCCUUGACCUUUUCCACAUUUUGUUGUUACAGCCUGAAUUUAAAAUAUAUUAAAUUGAGAUGUUUUGUCCCUGGCCUGCACACAAUACCCCAUAAUGUUAAAGUGGAGUUAUGUUUUUCAAAAUGAGUCCAUGUAACUUAUUAUGUGACUCGUUAAGCACAUUUUUACUCCUGAACUUAUUUAGGCUUGCCAUAACAAAGGGGUUGAAUACCUAUUGACUCAAGACAUUUCAGCUUUUCAUUUUUCAUAAAUUUGUGUGAAUGAUUUUUGAAUGACUUCCUCAUCUCUUUACCCCACCAUACAAUUAUCUGUAAGGUCCCUCAGUCGAGCGGGGAAUUUCAAACACAGAUUCAACCACAAAGACCAGGGAGGUUUUCCAAUGCCUCGCAAAGAAGGGCACCUAUUGGUAGAUGGGUAAAAAAAGAAAAGAAAAGCAGACAUUGAAUAUCCCUUUGAGCAUGGUGAAGUUAUUAAUUACACUUGAAUGUUGUAUCAAUACACCCAGUCACUACAAAGAUACAGGCGUCCUUCCUAACUCAGUUGCCGGUGAGGAAGGUAACCGCUCAGGGAUUUCACCAUGAGGCCAAUGGCGACUUUAGCACAGUUAGAGUUUAAUGGCUGUGAUAGGAGAAAACUGAGGAUGGAUGAUCAACAACAUUGUAGUUACUCCACAAUACUAACUUAAUUGACAAAGUGAAAAGAAGGAAACUGGGAGUUUUUCAAUAUAUAAAAUGAACUGAAUGGAGCUAAGCACCUGCAAAAUCCUAGAGGAAAACCUGGUUCAGUCCGCUUUCCACCAGACACUGGGAGAUGAAUUACCCUUUCAGCAGGACAAUAAACUAAUACAGAAGGCCACAUCUAUACUGGAGAAGACAGUGAAUAUUCCUGAGUGGCUGAGUUACAGUUUUGAAAAUCUAAUUGAUAAUCUAUGGCAAGACCUGAUGAUGGUUUUCUAGCAAUGAUCAACAACCAAUUUGACAGAGCUUGAAUAAUUUUGAAUAAUGGGUAAAUAUUAUACAAUCCAGGUGUGCAAAUCUCUUAGAGACUUGCCCAGAAAGUAUUGUGUGUAGAUGGGUGAGAAAAAAUCAAUUUAAUCCAUUUUGAAUUCCGGAUGUAACACAACUCAAUGUGGAAUAAGUCAAGGGGUAUGAAUACUUUCUGAAGGCACUGUAUCAUAUCAGCAUAAACCUGUUGUUAAUUGCAUUAAUUCUGGGUCAGCCUCAGAACCCUCUUCCUCUCCUCUGUCUAUCCAUUCAUGUAUGGUGUUACCUGAUGUCUCUUUCCUACAUCAACAAUGUGACCUCUACAUCCUAACACCAUCCAUCAUUUCAUUAGUCCAACCCGCCCCAACACAGAGACCAGGGCUGUGUCCCAAAUGGCACCCUAUUCCCUACAUAGUGCACUACUUUUGAACAGAACCCUAUGGGCCCUGGUCAAAAGUAGUGCACUACUGUAUAUAGGGAAUAGGGUGCCAUUUGGAACAGAAACCACGGCUGGUUCCAGUUCCAGGGAUAUCACCAUGGUACAUUUUAUUAGCCUAGAAACGUGCUAACUAGACAAGAUCUCACACGUUAGACCUGCAGGAACUUCUCCCACCCCAAAACGAACUUGAACACAAGCUGCGUAUCAGACUGGAGCUGAGAUCUGGGCGUCAACACACGCAUACGCAUGCACACAGACAAAAACACACAAGUUGAAGAAGUUGAACUCCUAGGAGUAACAUUGGAUAGUCAGUUAUCAUGGUCAAGCCAUAUUGACAAAGUUGUUGUGUAGAUGGUUAGAGGUAUGUCUGUUAUAAAAAGAUGUUCUGCAUUUUUGAUACAAAGAUCAAUUGUUCUAGUUGUUCAGGAUCUGAUCUUCUCCCAUCUUAAUUACUGUCCGGUAAUAUGAUCAGGUGCAGCAAAGAAAGAUCUAGCAAAGUUGCAGCUGGCUCAAAACAAAGCAGCAACUAUCUACGCUCUCUCCUCCUCUCACCUUUUCCCUUCGUUUGUGGACUUCAGUGCACAACACAGCAGCUGUCUGUGACCAGGCGAAAAAACCUUUCCAAGCCAAAACUUAAUGACCGCUAAUCCCAACACACAGCCUAUAUUGUUGUCAUGUCAUUGUCAUCAUAGCUACUAGAACUAACGCGUUAGUAAACCCGCUGCAAUCAUGCAAUACAGUCAGCAGCAAGCAGUUUAGCAGUUACACCUGUGGGCCCCGGUGGCAAUAAAUUAACUAAACCAAAAGCUUACCUUGACUUGGAAGAGUUCCGGUGUUGGAUAGCCUUAGCCAGGUAGCUAACAUAGCAUCCCUCUCUGUUUGAGCCAGGUGUUUGAGUAGGCUAAACUAGCUAGCUACAUUCGAUGCUAGCUAAGUAUAUGGGCGGCAGGUAGUUUAGUGGUUAAGAGCGUUUUGCCAGUAACCGAAAGGUCGCUGGUUCUAAUCCCCGAGCCCACUAGGUGAAAAAUCUGUCGACGUGCCCUUGAGCAAAGCACUUAACCCUAAUUGCUCCUGUAAGUCGCUCUGGAUAAGAGCGUCUGCUAAAUGACUACAAUGUAAAUGUAAUGAAAGAGGAAGUGAAAAAUAAGAUACUACGAAAUAUAGCUAGCUCUCUUUCUAUCUCUUGCUUCUCCUUAAUUUUGGAAGAAAUUAAUUUGUGCGAAACUGUUAAACUAUUGUCUUACUCUCUCUUUGAGUCAACUACUCACUACAUGUUAUGCACUGCAGUGCUAGCUAUCUGUAUCUUAUGCUUUCAGUACUAGAUUAAUUAUCUGAUCCUUUGAUUGGGUGGACAACAUGUCAGUUCAUGCUGCAAGAGCUCUGAUAGGUUGGCGGACGUCCUCCGGAAAUUGUCAUAAUUACUGUGUAAGUCUAUGGCAGGGGUUCCCAAACUUUUUUCACUCGGGGGUCCCCCCUUCUAGCAUUGGGGAAGAGAGAGAGAGUCAUUUUUUUUCAGUUUCACUUACUUAGCUAGCAAAUGCAGCUAGCUAGUUUAGCCUACUCAAAUGCACUGCUCAAACACAGGGAUGCUAUGUUAGCUAGCUGGCUAUGACUAUCCAACACAACACUGGAACUCUUCCAAGUCAAGGUAAGCUUUUGGUUUUACAAAUGUAUUCCCACCAGGGGCCGCUGGUGUAACUGCUAAACUGCUUACUGACUGUACACUGUAACGUUACUGCAUGAUUGUAGCGGGUUUACUAACGUGUUGGUUCUAUUAGCUAUGUUGACUAUGACAUUACUUUAGCUAAUAUGGUGACAACAAUGUAGGUUGUGUGUAGCGGUUAUGAUAUGAUUUGGCUUGGAAAGGUUUUUUGCCUGGUCACAUACAGCUGAUGUGUUGUGCAUUGAAGUCCACAAACAAAGGGAAAAGAUGAGUGGAGGAGAGUGCAUAGAUGCGAGAAGGAAUACAACGUGGCUGUUAUGAAAGUGAACUGUGUUUACGUGUCAUUCAUUCCUCAGAUUAUUGUUGAAAAACGGAAUGAAACAGGGAGAAACAUACAUUAAUUUGUCCAAUAGAAACUCUCAUUUGCAAUUGUUGGACUAAUGAUUACACCCUAGAUCAGCUAGGUGCAGGCAAGAGUGUACAAGGCAGUAUUGAAUGUGUCACUGUCUGUCCAUGUGUCUGUCGCCUCAAAUAUUUCUCUCGACCUGUGUGCACCUACGUUGUUAACUUUCAUUCAAAGGCUAGGUUGUAGCAACCUCAUGAUGGGUACAGAAAUAAAUCUCUCACUGUUGCCGCUUGCUACAGACCCCCCUCAGCCCCCAGCUGUUCCCUGGACACCAUAUGUGAAUUGAUUGCCCCCCAUCUAUCCUCAGAGUUCGUACUGCUUGGUGACCUAAAUUGGGAUAUGCUUAACACCCCGGCCAUCCUACAAUCUAAACUAGAUGCCCUCAAUCUCAUACAAAUUAUCAACGAACCUACCAGGUACAACCCUAAAUCCGUAAACAUGGGUACCCUCAUAGAUAUCAUCCUGACUAACUUACCCUCUAAAUACACCUCCGCUGUCUUCAACCAGGAUCUCAGCGAUCACUGCCUUAUUGCCUGCGUCCGUAACGGCUCCGCGGUCAAACGACCACCCCUCAUCACUGUCAAACGCUCCCAAAAACACUUCAGCGAGCAGGCCUUCCUAAUUGACCUGGCCCAGGUAUCCUGGAUGGAUAUAGAUCUCAUUCCGUCAGUAGAGGAUGCCUGGUUGUUCUUUAAAAGUAAUUUCCUCUCAAUCUUAAAUAGACAUGCCCCAUUCAAAAAAUACAGAACUAAGAACAGAUAUAGCCCCUGGUUCUCCUCAGACUUGACUGCCCUUGACCAGCACAAAAACAUCCUGUGGCGUACUGCAUUAGCAUCAAAUAGCCCCCGCGAUAUGCAACUUUUCAGGGAAGUUAGGAACCAAUAUACACAAGCAGUUAGGAAAGCAAAGGCUAACUUUUUCAAACAGAAAUUUGCAUCCUGUAGCACUAACUCCAAAAAGUUUUGGGACACUGUAAAGUCCAUGGAAAAUAAGAGCACUUCCUCCCAGCUGCCCACUGCACUGAGGCUAGGAAACACUAUCACCACCGAUAAAUCUACAAUAAUCGAGAAUUUCAACAAGCAUUUUGCUACGGCUGGCCAUGCUUUCCACCUGGCUACCACUACCCCGGCCACCAGCUCUGCACCCUCCGCUGCAACUUGCCCAUGCCCCCCCCCGCUUCUCCUUCACACAAAUCCAGACAGCUGAUGUUCUAAAAGAGCUGCAAAAUCUGGACCCCUACAAAUCAUCUGGGCUAGACAAUCUGGACCCUUUCUUUCUAAAACUAGCCGCCGAAAUUGUCGCAACCCCUAUUACUAGCCUGUUCAACCUCUCUUUCGUAACGUCUGAGAUCCCCAGAGAUUGGAAAGCUGCCGCGGUCAUCCCCCUCUUCAAAGGGGGUGACACUCUAGAUCCAAACUGUUACAGACCCAUAUCCAUCCUGCCCUGCCUUUCAAAAGUUUUUGAAAGCCAAGUCAACAAACAGAUCACCGACCAUUUCGAAUCCCACCGUACCUUCUCCGCUAUGCAAUCCGGUUUCCGAGCUGGUCAUGGGUGCACUUCAGCCACGCUCAAGGUCCUAAACGAUAUUAUAACCGCGAUCGAUAAUAGACAGUACUGUGCAGCCGUUUUCAUUGACCUGGCCAAGGCUUUCGACUCUGUCAACCACCGCAUUCUUAUUGGCAGACUAAAUAGCCUUGGUUUCUCAAAUGACUGCCUCGCCUGGUUCACCAACUACUUCUCAGAUAGAGUUCAAUGUGUCAAAUCGGAGGGCCUGUUGUCUGGACCUAUGGCAGUCUCUAUGGGGGUGCCACAGGGUUCAAUUCUUGGGCCAACUCUUUUCUCUGUGUAUAUCAAUGACGUCGCUCUUGCUGCUGGUAACUCUCAGAUCCACCUCUACGCAGACGACACCAUUUUGUAUACAUCUGGCCCUUCAUUGGACACUGUGUUAACAAACCUCCAAACGAGCUUCAAUUCCAUACAACACUCCUUCAGUAGCCUCCAACUGCUCUUAAACACUAGUAAAACUAAAUGCAUGCUCUUCAACCGAACGCUGCUUGCACCCGCCCACCCGACUAGAAUCACUACUCUAGACGGGUCUGACCUAGAGUAUGUGGACAACUACAAAUAUCUAGGUGUCUGGUUAGACUGUAAACUCUCCUUCCAGACUCACAUUAAGAAUCUCCAAUCCAAAGUUAAAUCUAGAAUCGGUUUCCUAUUUCGCAACAAAGCCUCCUUCACUCAUGCUGCCAAACAUGCCCUCGUAAAACUGACUAUCCUACCGAUCCUUGACUUCGGCGAUGUCAUUUACAAAAUAGCCUCCAACACUCUACUCAGCAAAUUGGAUGUUGUCUAUCACAGUGCCAUCCGUUUUGUCUCCAAAGCCCCAUAUAAUACCCACCACUGUGACCUGUACGCUCUUGUUGGCUGGUCCUCACUACAUAUUCGUCGCCAAACCCACUGGCUCCAGGCCAUCUAUAAAUCACUGCUAGGCAAAUCCCCGCCUUAUCUUAGCUCAUUGGUCACCAUAGCAACACCCACCCGUAGUCUGCGCUCCAGCGGGUAUAUCUCACUGGUCAUCCCCAAAGCCAACACCUCCUUUGGCCGCAAUUCCUUCCAGUUCUCUGCUGCCAAUGACUGGAACAAAUUGCAAAAAUCUCUGAAGCUGGAGACACUUAUCUCCCUCACUAACUUUAAGCAUCAGUUGUCAGAGCACCUUACCGAUCACUGCACCUGUACACAGCCCAUCUGAAAUUAGCCCGCCCAACUACCUCAUCCCUAUAUUGUUAUUUAUUUUGCUCAUUUGUACCCCAGUAUCUCUAUUUGCACAUCAUCUCUUGCACAUCUAUCAUUCCAGUGUUAAUACUAAUUGUAAUUAUUUUGCACUAUAGCCUAUUUUAUUGCCUUACCUCCAUAACUUGCUAAAUUUGCACACUGUAUAUUAUAUGUAUUUCUGUUGUAUUUUUGACUUUGUUUUGUUUUACCCCAUAUGUAACUCUGUGUUGUUGUUUUUAUCGCACUGCUUUGCUUUAUCUUGGCCAGGUCGCAGUUGUAAAUGAGAACUUGUUCUCAACUGGUUUACCUGGUUAAAUAAAGGUGAAAUAAAAAAUAAAUAAAACAAUGUAGUAGCCUAAACCUAUCGAUGUUACAUUGAGCUGGGUGAAUGGAAUAUGAAUGACAGUCAUCCAAUAUGCUGUAAUAGAAAUAAGGCCAUGCUCAUUAAAAAAACUAAAUCGUCCUCCCUCAUCUUAAACGGCACCGACCGCCACUGAAUUCUACACAUUUUGUCAUGGUAUGCAAUGAAAAUGUUGCAGUUUUAAAGCUAAUUCAUGUAAUAUUUAAGUGACUAGAAAAUUACAACAAUAUCUAUGGGCAAAAAAUAAACGUUAGCUGACAUGAGGUAGUUGAUCUGGACAUUUCGGAGAAGUUAUAAAUAGCUCUCUAAGGUAUGCAAUGACUAACGUGACAAGAGAAACUGAUGAUCCACUACCCAAUUUGGAAAUUGCAUCUUGUGCAUUCUACUAUUACAACUUUAAAGAGUAAGUUUAAAUCCGGAUGUUUUCUUUUUUUGGGUUGGUGGGAGGAAUUGAAGUCAAUGUACCCAGAGGAGGUCAGAAGCUAGCUGUCCUCCGGCUACACCAUGGUGCUACCCUACAGAGCAUAGUGAGGCUACUGUAGACCUUCAUUGCAAAACAGUGUUUUAAUCAUUAUUUGGUGAUAUGUGAAUAUAUUUAGUAUAGUUUUAUCUAAAAAGGAUAACUUUUUUAAUGUUUCACUAUUUUGAUUUGGAUACAAUUCACUGAGGAGGAUGGUCCUCCCCUUCCUGCUCUGAGGAGCCUCCACUGGUGCACAACACAUGCACACACAUACACACCGUUACAGGCUUUGGUUUUUCUCUCAAUUUCUCUUUGGGUGUGGCGCACUGAUUGGAAUCAUCCUCGUUGGUCAGGAUUUGUUGCACCCGUUGUCCUCGUUAGUCAGAAGGUGUUUCACCUGUGCUGUCACAGCUGAUAUUUAAAAGGCGCUGCAUGGUCAAUCAGAAAUCUGCAUUGGCCGUGCAGCAUUUACAGUGAUACGGCCUCUGCAGAAGUCAGGGCAUUCAGACUUCUUGCGCUUCGUGGAGCAGCGCAGAGCUGUUUUGAAGGAAGUUGUCAAGGAAGUGAGUUUGUGUUUAUACAGGACCUCCCGCCCUCACCUACCGUCAACCAAUCAUGUCAAUGCGGAGCUAUACAGAGAAUUGUUACAACAUUUGAGAGGCGCACAGCAAUGCGGUACGGAGCUCAAUUUGGCCUCUGCGUGCCUCCGGAGGCUCUACUAUUGCGUCACACCAUCCAUACGGCGCCUCCGACCACAUUUUCGGCUCAAGCAUAAAUUAGAGCUGCUAGCCCAGGGCUUCUGUUGGAAAAAUAGAUAUUGGAAGAGAUACAACUCUGUUUAGCUCUUCUGCUUUAGGGUUGUUGAGCAAAGCCUUCACCUUUGUUUUCCCCUGUUUGGGUUUGGCUCCACUUUUAUUUUCACUCCCUAUCCUAUGUUGGAGUGAGGUUUUUUUUAUUUUAGUUUUGUUUAAUAUCGGGCAAAUCCAGUGGUUGUCCAUGGUGGGGAUCUUUUAAGACCCAACUGGAGUUACUUGGCCAGUACUCAGUAGGCCCCCCAUGGAGGCCUUUCAGAACCCAUGUUAAAACCCCACCUGUUCCGUUUUGGUUGUCAGUGGCUCAUUUGUUAGUUCUCUUUUUCUGUUGAGCGGUUUUUGGUUUCUUAUUGGGGAACAUAACACACACACACACACACACACCCGGUGUCCCUGUAAUGUGAGGCUGAGAUGAGAGGGCAGGGCAUGGUGGGUUUAUGGCGCCCCCCACUGUGGUGCGGUGGUUCGUCCCAGCCAGAGUAUCGGAGCGGGAGCAGAGCUGGAGUGGAGCGAUGAGCGGAGUGUACCCAAUUUGACUGGAGCGCGGAGCAAAAUUCCCAAAGGCUGGAGCGUCGGGCCUUCUCACCCACUCCAAUUUUGCUCCAGUAGCGUUCACUUCACGAGCUCAGGGCAUGCCUGGCCCAGCAUGCCUUUGUAGUCUACUUGUGUGCUGCUAUAGCCCCUUGCUUUAGCUACUGUCAUAGAGUCCGCUAAAUAUUUUCAUAAAGAAACUGAUAUAAAACACAGGUGCAAAAUCAAGGUGACUUACAAAGAUGAGGAUGUCAUGACUGUCCACGAGAAUCCAAAUAGGUCAGAUCAGGUUUGCAAUGAAUAACUUCAUUCAGACCCCCUCUCACCCGUAGAGGGGGAAGGAAUAAACUAGUGGGUAUUAACAACUCACAUCCUGUUGUAAAUCAAAGGAGACGAUCCAGGCUCUCCCUCUCAAGAUUCACCAAAGGAAUGUUCUUUGUUUCAACAGACUUUUUCCUGCUGAAACUCUAACACGUUCAAAAGCGAAUACUGGAACAAUAUUUCUAACAUAGAGCGUGGGGAAUGGUCAGAGGUCAUCUAUAAGGUCAUUUUGUUUGUUAUUAAAAAUGUUAUAAAGGAAAUACUGUAACUUGGAAAGUAUACCCACGACAUGUAUGAAGUUUCCAUACUAUGCGUUGUGCAUGUAAUAUGAAAAAAAUAAAUGUGUUAAGAGAGGGAUGUGAUUUGAGAAGCUAUAAGAGAUAAUUGUUUUCCAUGAGCUUUGCAGAGUGAGUAAUUGCCGCCCCAAAGUGAGGUCAGAAAGCGUGCCAGCCUGCUGGAACCGCCCGUUUCGACCAAAGUGUAUAAAUGAUGGGUUAAGAAAAAAACACAUCAGACCAGAAAAGCGUGAAGCGGCAGCUACACUUUUAAAAUGGUUGGAACUUUGAAUCUCAACACGAGGUGAAGAAAAUAAACUCACCUCCCGGACAAUCACUGGUACGGCUGAUUAGCUGUCAUCAAGGCAAAGGGUGGCAAUUUGAAGAAUCUCAAAUAUAAAAUAUAUUUUGAUUUGUUGAACACUUUUUUGGUUACUGCAUGAUUCCAUAUGUGUUAUUUCAUAGUUUUGAUGUCUUCACUAUUAUUAUACAAUGUAAAAAUAAAGAAAAACCCUUGAAUGAGUAGGUGUGUCCAAACUUUUGACUGGUAUUGUAUGUGUGUAUGUAUUCUAAGUAUACAGCCUAAAUGCACAAUUUAUAGACUAUAAUGAUUUAAUACAACUAAAUGUUGUUUAAUGUUGCGGAGUGCAUUAUGUCCCUGCCGCAAAAUGUCUCACUCGCAAAUGCUUCACAAUGUAUUUCUUUGUAGGCUAUAGCCUUUAAAUAAUUGAAAGAUGGGUGUUGGUUAAAUUGUGAUUGUUUUUUGAGUAAUUGAGUCUCCCGUCCAGACUAUCUGCUCCUCAAAUCUGGUGUUACUUUCACUAAACCCUAACCCCUAAGCUUACCCUAACCUUAACCAUAACCCUAACCUUACCGUAACCAUUUUAAAUGUCAACUUCAGUGGGGGGUAGGGAUGUCCCAAGGAUCCCAGAUAGCAAGGACCCUUUCACUGCCCUGGAGGGAGGGAGGGAGAUGAAAGCGUACAUGCCAGAAGGUAAAAUAUGUCUCGCUCUCACUCGGUCGAUGUCUCUCUCUUAUCAGUUUCCCUCUUUCUCUCUCCUUCCCUUCAUUCCCUUCCUUCCCUCCUUCAUUUCCUCUGGUUGAAAGUGUUGACAAUCUUAGAAUAGGUUGAGAUUAGCAUGCCAACAUGUCAAACACAGUCUGUGUGUUUUUGACAUUUCUUAGACCUGGUCUGUUGUGUGAGUCUAAUGGCCAUGUAUCUUUUGUGUGUUUCAGUGUGAGUCUAAAGGCCAUGUAUCUUUUGUGUGUUUCAGUGUGAGUCUAAAGGCCAUGUAUCUUUUGUGUGUUUCAGUGUGAGUCUAAUGGCCAUGUAUCUGUUGUGUUUUGUGUGUUUCAGAGUGAGGUGGGAGAUGUGUGUAACUGCUGUCCUCAGACCCCCACUGCCAAGUGUCCUGAGGAAAAACUACUCAAACUCUACCCUGGACACUCUUGUAGCACCAUGAGGGUCCUGCUCAAGGUGUGUGUGUGUGUGCGAGAAUUUAUGUUCAUUGCAUAGAGUUGUAUAGAGAUCGCAACGUUGUAUCUGCCCCAUUAUGGCAUCUGGGCAGCGCCACUGAGGCCAUCUCCAUUUUUAAGUAGUACCUUUUAUUUUUCUACUACUUCUAUGAGUUGGUGAACAACUGAGAGGGUGCAUACUGCCACCUGGAGUGUGUUGCUAGAAAAGGUUUAAAGCCAAGGUUGGUGAUUUACUGCCACCUGCAGUUAUGGAAUGUUUGCUCACAAGUAUAAUUCAUUGUCUGAUCCCUCCUGAUGAUAUUGAUGGAAUUAUGUGAUCCUUCCUUAACCCAUAGGAAGUCCCACCCAGGUGACUACUUAAAAAUUGCAAAAGUCCUCAAAGGUGCUGCCCAUGCUAAAAUGGGCUUUUGGGCACUAGAGCCCUCUAUACAACUCUAUGGUUCAUUAUGCUUAUAUUUAACCAUAUAGCAAGUUAAGAUGGUUAUUGGUGUUUGUGGGGUGGUUUAACCAUAACUGUUUCUCGUCUGUCUGUGUUUCCAGAAGGUUCUGUUUGCGUUAUGUGCUCUGAAUGCUCUGACCACUGCAGUGUGUCUGGUGGCUGCUGCCCUCCGAUACCUACAGAUCUUCACCACCAGAAGACCAUGCAUGGUAAGACUACCCCAUGUACCCCAUCACAACCAUUCACAGGGCCUGAGAAUCCCCAGCUCCAAUCAUGUAGGUUAGAAUCUGCACCACGUCCAAUCACAUAGCAGAAGAAUCUCCAUAUCAGAGUGUGUGAGCGGAGUUGAGUGGUCGGAAAUCCCGCUCAUCGCUCAUGGAGCGGUACUUGUGCAGCGCUCCGGCGCUCCACAUCCUUUCCAACCGCUCCGCACUCCCAGGAAAAAAAACUGCCGCUCCGAAUUCGCUCCAUUCAUUAAAAUCACAAUUUAACCAACACCCAUCUGGCGGGUAUCCCUUUCCAUCUAUUUGUGUGUCUACCUGGACCUACCAUUUGGUUUUGAAGUAUUGAAACCAAACCAAAUUAUUUGAAUGAAAAGUAUUUUAAUAAACAUGAAAAGGUGAAUGUAAGAAGCGCUCAUCAUUUCAAAUAGGCUUCAUGUCAUAUUAAACAGCAUAUAAACACUCCAAAUAGGUCAGGAGCCAGUCAGGGAGCCUAAGAAGGAACGAAAAUUAAUUAUUUAGGCUAUAUUAUUUCAAUUUAUUCAAGGCUAUAGCCUACAAAGAAAUACAUUGUGAAGUAUUUGUGAAGAGUGAGACACAAUAGUCUGGUAGGGACAUAAAGGGCUCAGCAUUUAAACAACUUUUUGUUGUACUAAAUCAUUAUAGUCUAUAAAUUGCACAUAUAGGCUAUGACUUACUUAGAAUUAAAUACAAAUAAAACGAAAAAUGCCUUUUUAGGCUCAGUCUACAGUGCCUUCGCAUUCAUUUUUAGAAACACGAGUUUGGCCAGAGUCUGUGGCUUCAGGCUUAUGCGAUGGUGCCUGGAGAGCAGGCCAGCAGCGGAGAGGAUCUAUCCUCUCUGCGCUUGCAGAGCCACUGGGGAUGCUAGGCACCCUUCGGGACACUCUUGCCAGGCUGGGCAGAGAUGCAGAGUUGUUUAUUUUAAUUUUUCUAUAGGUAGGCCUAAAGGUUUUUAAGCAAAAUAACUGAAUCAAAAUGGAAAGCUCCUUGAAAGUGGGAAUAUGCCAGGCCUAUUGGGCCAAAAUCAAUUAUGGCCUAUUGUAUAGAUAAUAGAGAUCAGAUUUGUUGUUUAUAAAUACUUUGCUACAAUAACACACUUAGUUACCUACCAACCUCGUUCCUUUCUUUUAGCAUGUUCACAUAGUAAGUAGGCUACACCAUCAUGCUUUUCGGAAAUGUGUCUUUUCAGAUUCCACAAUCAUUCUUUAGUUGUUGACACUACAUCACCGCACUCCCUCUCUUGCUCUUGGUCCUCAUCUUUGUAAGUUACCUUGAUUUAGCACCUGUGUGUUUUAUCCGUUUAUUUAUGAAAAUAUUUAGUGAACUCCAUGACAGUAGCUAAAGCAAGGGGCUAUAGCAGCACACAGGUAGACUACAAAGGCAUGCUGGGCCGGGCAUGCCCUGAGCUCUUGAAGUGAACGCUACUGGAGCAAAAUUGGAGCGGGCGAGAAGGCCGACGGUCCAGCCUUUGGGAAUCUCGCUCUGUGCUCCAGUCAAAUUGGCCACACUGCUCCUCGCUCCGCUCCAGCUCUGCUCCUCUCACAUACUCUGCUCCAUAUUGACCAAUGUUUUUUUCAUUUGUCAACACUACAGUUGCAUCUCAAUAAGUGGCUUAUCUCUCGUCCUCCCCCUCUCUGAUAGGAUGAUCCCAGGCCAAUUGCAGAGGAGGGGGAGGAGCCAACUAUUAUGCCUGACCCGGAUGAGUUUGUCCCCCCAGCCCCUCCCCCCUCCUACUUUUCAACUUUCUACUCCUACACACCACGGCUGGCUCGCAGGAUGUUUGGGAACAGUGUGAUACCGCUACCUCAUAUCUAUGGUGCCAGGAUUAAAGGAGUAGAGGUGUUCUGUCCUCUAGACCCACCCCCUCCCUACGAAGCUGUUAUUGGACGCUCCGCCCUGGCCACCGCAACACAGGUACAUACAGCAGAUUACAUUAUAUCAUUUUAUGAAAACCUUGAAAGUAGCCUAUGGAUUGAGAUAGUCAUUUAGUUACAGCUUAACAUUAGCAUAGUUUAGUGCAAAACAAUGGGAAUGGCUGGACCCCAGCCAGUCAGCAUGCUCCAAGUUGUAUUCCAACAAAAACUCAGUAACUUCAAAUCAGGUAAUGUAGCAAUGUGAUAACUUUGUGAGUUGUAAAUGUUUUGUAUUGCUAGUGGCAGGGUUGGGGUCAAUUCUGAAUUUCUGAAUUCAAUUCAAACAAUGCAUUUAAAUUGAAUUGGCCACACCCCACAGGAAGCAUCAUUUUAAUUGAAGGAAUUAGAAUUGAAUUCAAACCAAUUCAAACCAAUCAAACUUUCAUGCUAAGACUGAGCAUGAAAGUUUGAUUAAUUUGACAAAUAUUUUAUCAGAAGUAUAUGCAACAUAUUAAUGCAAAGAAUACACAUACCAUUUCAAAUAUUAGUUUGACUAUACAGUGCCUUCAAAGUAUUCAUACCCCUUGACUUAUUCCACAUUUUGUUAUAGCCUUAAUUCAAAAUGAGUUAAAUAGAUUUUUUAUGAAAAGUGAAAACAUGUUUUUAGAAAUGUUAGCACAUUUAUUGAAGUACAGAUAUCUAAUUUACAUACACUACCAGUCAAAAGUUUGGACACACCUACUCAUUCCAGGGUUUUUCUUUAUUUGUACUAUUUUUUACAUUGUAGAAUAAUAGUGAAGACCUCAAAACUAUGAAAUAACACAUAUGGAAUCAUGUAGUAACCAAAAAAGUGUUAAACAAAUCAAAAUAUAUUUUAUAUUUGAGAUUCUUCAAAUAGCCACCCAUUGCCUUGAUGACAGCUUUGCACACUCUUGGCAUUCUCUCAACCACCUUCAUGAGGUAGUCACCUGGAAUGCAUUUCAAUUAACAGGUGUGCCUUUUUAAAAGUUAAUUUGUGGAAUUUCUUUCCUUCUUAAUGUGUUUGAGCCAAUCAGUUGUGUUGUGAACAGGUAGGGGGGUAUACAGAAGAUAGCCCUAUUUGGUAAAAGACCAAGUCCAUAUUAUGGCAAGAACAGAUCAAAUAAGCAAAGAGAAACAACAGUCCAUCAUUACUUUAAGACAUGGUCAGUCAAUACGGAAAAUUUCAAGAACUUUGAAAGUAUAUUCAAGUGCAGUCACAAAAACCAUCAAGCACUAUGAUGAAACUGGCUCUCAUGAGGACCGCCACAGGAAUGGAAGACCCAGAGUUACCUCUGUUGCAGAGGAUAAGUUCAUUAGAGUUAACGGCACCUCAGAUUGCAGCCUAAAUAAAUGCUUCACAGAGUUCAAGUAACAGACACAUCUCAACAUCAACUGUUCAGAAGAGACUGUGUGAAUCAGGCCUUCAUGGUCGAACUGCUGCAAAUAAACCACUACUAAAGGAUACCAUGAAGACGAAGAGACUUGCUUGGACCAAGAAACACAAGCAAUGGACAUUAGACCGGUGGAAAUGUGUCCUUUGGUCUGGAGUCCAAAUUUUAGAUUUUUGGUUCCAACCCCCGUGUCUUUGUGAGACACAGUGUGGGUGAGCGGAUGAUCUCUGCAUGUGUAUUUCCCACCGUGACAUGGAGAAGGAGGUGUGAUGGUAUGGGGGUGCUUUGCUGGUGACACUGUCUGUGAUUUAUUUAGAAUUCAAGGCACACUUAAUCAGCAUUAAUACCACAGCAUUCUGCAGCGAUACGCCAUCCCAUCUGGUUUGGGCUUAGUGGGACUAUCAUUUGUUUUUCAACAGGACAAUGACCCAGCACACCUCCAGGCUGUGUAAGGGCUAUUUGACCAAGAAGGAGAGUGAUGGGGUGCUGCAUCAGAUGACCUGGCCCCCACAAUCCCCUGACCUCAACCCAAUUGAGAUGGUUUUGGGAUGAGGGACCGCAGAGUGGAGGAAAAGCAGCCAACAAGUGCUCAGCAUAUGUGGGAACUCCUUCAAGACUGUUGGAAAAGCAUUCCAGGUGAAGCUGGUUGAGAGAAUGCUAAGAGUGUGCAAAGCUGUCAUCAAGGCAAAGGGUGGCUACUUUGAAGAAUCUGAAAUAUAAAAUAUAAUUUGAUGGGUGAAUAGUUAUGCACGCUCAAGAUUUAAGUUUGUUUUGUUUUAAUUCUUGUUUGUUUCACAAGAAAAAAUAUUUUGCAUCUUCAAAGUGGUAGGCAUGUUGUGUAAAUGAAAUGCUUGCCAUAACAAAAUGGUUGAAUACUUAUUGACUCAAGACACUUCAGCUUUUCAUUUUUUUGUUUUGUAAAAAUGUUUUAAAAAAAAACAUAAUUCCACUUUGGGGUAUUUUGAAUAUCAAUUUAAUCAAUUUUAAAUUCAGGCUGUAACAAUAAAAUGUGGAAAAUGUCAAGGGGUGUGAAUAGUUUCUGAAGGCACUAUAACUGAUGUCAAACAGUAUUUUCCUUUGUCAUGAUGUUAGAUUGUUCCCUUCCAUACUGCAGUGUUUGAUAUAAUGCAUUCUGGGAAAUGUAUUUUGAUAUUUAAAAACAUUAAGGGAACUAUGAAUGAUUAUAGACAACCCACAACAUGUUGUGGGUUGUCUAUUAUAAUGUUGUGGGUUGUCUAUUAUAAUUCAUAGUUCCCUUAAUAUUUGUCAAAUGUUACAACCUUAUGUUACAUGGUAUUGGUAAUCAUACAUGAUGUCAAAAUAAACAUUUCUAUGGUGAUGUGUAGAAUAAAUAAGGCAUUUGAGUCUGAAUUAAUUCAUUGAAUUAAAUUCUACUCCCUUUAAUUCAAAUUCUAUUCAAAUUCUGCAUCCUGUGGGGUGUGGCAAAUUCAAGAAUUGAAAUUAAAUAGCAAUUCACAACUCAAUUCAGAAUUGACCCCAACCCUGGAUAAUGGCUUAUAUUGUUUGUUUCAUAACUGUGUGGUUUAUUAAUGUCUCCCAAUCUCCAGUUACAGUAUAAUCUCUAAUGACUAUGUUCUGUUCAGGAGACAGAGAUUCAGAUUCCCAUGACGGACCUGACAGAGUUGACAGAAGAGUUGAAUAACAGCUCAGAGGCGGGUACUUCAAUUAGAGGUAGGACACAAGGAUGGAUGGACGGACGGACAUACUGUAAUAAAGCUUGAGAGAAUAUUAUUAUAUUAGGUGGGACAAGUACUGGGUUGGGCAGAGUAGUGUAGUAUAGUGCAUAAACAGGUAUGGUCUGGCGUCAGAGGUCUGAACACACCAAAACAAUGUAAGAUAUGUUAUUAGACAUUAACAUUCAUAGGACAACGUGGCCCAUAUGGAAAAAUAAUAUUGACAGAUAUUUUAACAUGUAUGUACAUGUAUUUAAUUAUAUGUAAAUUACAGAUAUCUAAAUAUGUGUUUCAGCCUUAUAUGAACAUACACUACCGUUCAAAAGUUUGGGGUCACUUAGAAAUGUCCAUGUUUUCGAAAGAAAAUCAUUUUUUUGGUCCAUUAAAAUAACAUCAAAUUGAUCAGAAAUACAGUGUAGACAUUGUUAAUGUUGUAAAUGGCUAUCGUAGCUUGAAACUGCUGAUUUUUUAUGGAAUAUCUACAUAGGCGUACAGAGGCCCAUUAUCAGCAGCCAUCAGUCCUGUGCUCCAAUGAAGAGGCGACUCCAGGAUGCUGACCUUCUAGGCAGAGUUGCAAAGAAAAAGCCAUAUCUCAGACUGGCCAAUAAAAAUGGCCAAAGAUUAAGAUGGGCAGUCUGAGAUAUGGCUUUUUCUUUGCAACUCUGCCUAGAAGGUCAGCAUCCCGGAGUCGCGUCUUCACUGUUGACGUUGAGACUGGUGUUUUGCGGGUACUAUUUAAUGAAGCUGCCAGUUGAGGACCUGUGAGGCGCGUGUUUCUCAAACUAGACACUCUAAUGUAUCAUUAUUUAGCAUACAAAAGAACACACUUCAACUUGCAGCACGCUCUAUUUACAAACGUAGGGGAGAGGGCUAGCACUCCACUAUCACUAGCUGUCCGGCUGCCCUACACAGCAGCAAACGACAUCAACCUCCUCCUGUUAAAGUGAGUGCAUCACGAAUACUUGCAAGGGCUACGGAGCCCAACAUUAAUCAAAGCACCAGCUCCCCCGCCACGAGCUGCCUGCGCUAUCGGCUCUACCUUAUAUCAGUUUCUCAGAGUCCCGGGCAGAGUUUUGCAAGCAGGCACAGGUGCGAGCAAUUAUUUCAUGAUUUGGUGUCGUCUUUCUUUACAAGCUGUCCCACAUCUUCAUCACAAUGCCAUAGAAUUUCACACAGAACAUACACAAGAACAUGCGCUUGCAUGCUUGGCCUUUAAGUAGGGCCAGUUGUUCUGGUUCGGUUUUGUGGGGGUUUUCUUUGACCGGUAUUUCCAGCAUUAUCCACUAGGUUUGCUGCAGGUAGAAAAUCCUAGGAAAUGUUGUUAAAUUGACACAAGCUGUCGCCAAUCAAUCAAUGUUUGGUUGUGUGUGAGUGUUUUGUAGGGGGAUCGCCUAAGCCAGGGAGGCGUAGCUCUAUGAAUCUUAAUUGCACAAAGCCUAUUAUUUGUCAGAGAAUACUGUUUGUAUUCCCGCGACCGGGACUCAAACCCGGGUUCAGCGAGUGUCAAGCCAACGCGUUAACUGUUACGCCAAGAGGUCAGAAUAGCUUGAAUAGCAGAAGUGGGAUGGCACUCGUGAGGCCAUUGGAGAGGCUUGUACACGUGAGGGACUUAGUAUAGUGAAUUGUGAAGACACGCUAUCCCCAUUAGAAAAGGGGUAGGUAGCGUAGCGACCUUAAGCCAACACCUAGCGAGCUCAUCAAGAGGUUCGGACCUCUUGGCAUAAUGGUUUAGGUGUUGGCUUGACAGUUGCUGGACCCGGGUUAAAGCCCCCACCAAAACACUCACCAAACACUCACACACAACCAGACAUUGAUUUAUUGAUUGGAGACAGCUUGUCAAUUAAAUAACAUUUCCUAGGAAUUGUUUUACCUGCAGCAAACCUAGUGGAUAAUGCUAGAAAUACCUGUUUAAAAACUGAAGAAAAAACAUGUCCCUACCUAUAAAUGACAUCCUGUGAAUGGGCAUAUUCAAACCUCGGUAUGAAUCUCUCAUAUCUUCUUUCCACCAUCAUAAUUCACAUUAAUACAUGAGCCUUGGGAAAAGCCAAACGUGUGUGACCUGACAAAGUAUCCUCGGACUUGUAUCCUUGCUGAGAGAGUCCUGUUGCUAGUAGGAUGUCUGUCUAUAGCUAUCCUAGUACAGCUAAGUACUGAUAUAGUUAUCCUAGUGAAAGUACUGCUAUAGUUAUCCAAUGAAAGUACUGCUAUAGUUACUGUAUCCCAGUGUACUGCUAUAGUUGUCCCAGUCAGAUGAAUGGGACAUAACCUUGCCCUGAGGUCACAGAUUCGCCAACUGACAGUUAUGCCAUCAAUGUAUUAUAAGAACAUUUAUUUCAGUCUCAGAUGUUCCAUUCACCACCCCCCACCCACCCUCCAUCUAGCUCUCACAAACUCAGUCUGCUUCAUACAUACUGCUUAGUAUAGGAAAGGUUCUUCCCUUUCUUUCAUCUCUGUGAAAAGAGAGUCUGGAACUAUUUUAGAGUAGAGAGACACGUUUGUCCAACUGAGAUGAUUAAGAUGUGGCGAAAAAAGUCAGACAGAGACAUUAUGACCAAACACACCUUGAAGGUACACAUUGUAACUUCCUAAGGUCACAGGGUUUGUUGUGAUAGAGAUGGAGCUUUGGGUGUGACCCUGGUAUAAUUUGUCACACCACACACUUAAGGGAGAGGAAGAAAAAAACAGACAGAAAGAGAAAGAGAGAGUUAAAGAGGGGCAAGAGAGGAGCGAGAGCGACGCAUAGAGAAGGUAUAGCUGUUUAUGCAUGGUUCUAAUUAAAUAUUGUCUCUAGGCAGUUUCCUAAAGAUAGAGUAACAACAUUAGCUGGGGGAGUUUCCUAAAGAUAGAUAAACUGCAGGUGUAUCGGCGGCUAGUUUAUGACCCCUAUUUACACUAGAUAUGAAUCUGUAACCCCUCCCUCUCCUUCUGACUGUGUUUAUUACGUCUCAUGUCCCCCUUUCCCCUCAACCCACCUCCUUCCCCCUUCCCCCUACCCCCUACCCACCCCUCUCCUAACUGACUGACUCUGUGCUUAUUAUGUCUGUCUGUUUUAGUGCCCCCCUACCCCUCUCCUCCUAAUUGUGUUUAUUGUUCCUGUGUUUCAGACGUUGGUCCCCAGACGACGGUUGUUCCAGUGCCCACGUCUCCGCCGUCUUACCCCUCUCCCCCAUCACCCCCACUGUGCCAGGCCAGACCCCCCCAGGGUGCCCCGGUACCCCCCGUCAGGAGGUCUCAGCGCCAGAGGAUCAGGCGCUCCUGCAGUGACCCCGUACUAUUGGACCUGGCUGCCAAAGGUAAGGCAGGGUCGCACAUACACGCACGCACACACACACACACACACAGCGGCCCCGACAGUCAAAGAGAGGAUUACAUCAACUUUAUAGUUCUGGAACAGUCUGUCCUCAGUAAAUCUACAGUCUCAGCGUGCGUGCGUUGUGUGUGUGUUUAGAAUUGGAGUUUACAGUGGCUUGCGAAAGUAUUCACCCCCCUUGGCAUUUUUCCUAUUUUGUUGCCUUACAACAGUGUAUGAGAUGUUGUGACAGAUCAUGUGACACUUAGAGUGCACACAGGUGGACUUUAUUUAACUAAUUAUGUGACUUCUGAAGGUAAUUGGUUGCACCAGAUCUUAUUUAGGGGCUUCAUAGCAAAGGGGGUGAAUUCAUAUGCACGCACCACUUCUCCGUUAUUUAUUUGGGGGGAAUUUCUUGAAACAAGUUAUUUUCUUUAUUCCACUUCACCAAUUUGGACUAUUUUGUGUAUGACUAUUACCUGAAAUGCAAAUAAAAAUCCAUUUAAAUUACAGGUUGUAAUACAACAAAAUAGAAAAAACUCCAAGGGGAUGAAUACAUUUGCAAGGCACUGUAGAAUCUCCUCACUCUCUUAAGAUUGUGAUUACAUUUACAAACGUUUCCCUUGCACAUAUUCACAUUUAAUUUCUCUUAAUAUGAUACCAUUUGGCAGAGACUUACCUUCUGCCGACAAUCGAAUAACAGUGUCCAUUCUCUUUUUACGUUUAUAUUUUGAGAUACAUUGUAAUGAAAAAAUAUGAAAAUUUCUUACACUGUGAUCAGUAGGGUUCCAUUCACCCAUUUCUAGGUUUCCCUCAGAAUCCUUGUCAGUCAGACCAAUCAAUAUGUGUUGAAGAACUGACUGAUAACAGAGGGUGAAAGAAGAGCAAAAGUUGCAUUAUGAUACAACUGCACUGAAGGCAAUUAAUUCAGACUUUUUUGCAGUUUCACUUCUGAUUUUAAAGAUCUUGAAAAUCUGAAGUCUCUCGCUCUCUCUCAAUCUCACACACACACACAUACACACACCUGUUCCCCUCUGCUGUUUAUGAUCACCAGGUCUGCUCCCCUCUUCAGACCGUCCUCUCUGCUCUCCUCCCAGGUUUUAGACUCUUUGGAGAAGUACAAGCUGGAGUUAAACUUCUUCCGUCCUUUCAGACAGAGAUGAGAAAAAAAGUGAAUUGCUUUCCCUUCAUUGGAGUGCACAGUUAGCUGAUCCUCCACACACACGCAUGUACACUGUACAAACACACACACACACCAGAGGUGAAAGUAAGCCGGUACUGUCCGGCUUACUUUGGGGGUACGCCGUACCAGUAGAACAAGAGCCUAUGACAAUAAUUAAAACAAAGAUGCCAAGAAAACUGUAGGCUAUUAAACUAUUUACACUAUAUAUACAAAAGUAUGUGGACACCCCUUCAAGUGGAUUUGGCUAUUUCAGCCACACCCGUUGCCGACAGGUGUUUAAAAUCAAGCACACAGCCAUGCAAUCUCCAUAGACAAACUUUGGCAGUAGAAUGGCCUUACUGAAGAGCUCAGUGACUUUCAACUUGGCACUGUCAUAGGAUGCCACCUUUCCAACAAGUCAGUUCGUCAAAUUUCUGCCCUGCUAGAACUGGUCCUGUGUUAUUUAUCUUCAUUGUGCGAGAGAUUUCUCUUUGUCUUCAUUUUGCUACUUUUCUAUACAGUAUGUAGACCUAUAGUUAAAAAAGCACACACUAUACAUAGAAGUCAUUAGACUCACAGUGGGCCAGACGCAGGGAGAUGUUGAGAGAACACACAGCAGUCCAUAGCUGAGAGCCAGGGACCUGACUCUAGGGCCUGAGGAACAACGCAUACAUUACCAUGGAAGCACCCUAACUAGGAAUCAUAACUCCAAAGACGUUUGACUAAUUUGAAUUCUUCAGAAUGUCUUUGUAACAAGAGAUACAAAGAAUUCAGAUUUGAAAAAUGUCUUCUCUUUUUAGUGAAAUAGAUGCCUAGCUGUGCCCAAAUGGCAUUCUAUUCCCUAUAGAGUGCACUACUUUUGAUCAGCCCCUGCAUCACUGAACAUGGUUGGAGUGGAGUUACUGACAUCAAAAACUCAUAAUUCCGGCGUCCCAGACACAGAUUAAGAGUCGGUCUUCGUAUUGACAUACGUUGCUGGAUCCUCAAAGGUUUGUUUCAGCCUCAUCGAUCCUAGGGAAUAGGGUGUCAUUGAGGACGCACACCUAGACUAGUGAAGUCAUCACUGACCAUUCACUAGUCACUUGUGAUAUCUUAGAAGAAUGCUUUGUCAUAGGCUAAUGUCGUGUUUGAUUCCUUAGAAGUGAGAUCUGAUCAUCUACUCAGCAUGACUGCAAUAAAGACGUGAUUGUGUGUGUGAUUGUGUGUGUGUGUGUGUGUAUGUGUGUGUGUGUGCGUGCGUGUGACCUCCCUCAUAGCUAACGCUUCCAACAGAUGUCCAACUGCAUGCCAGUGUACAGACACACUAACCCCCUAUCACCCUCUCCUCCUCAGUAUUAAGUUGUGAGGCGGCCACGCAGACCACCGAGACUUCCACCCAGACUUCCCAGUCCGCCCUGGCCGCCCAGUCCUCUCGGACCCAGACAGUGACCCUCCGGCGGGGAGGUAAAGGCCCUCAGCGGCCCCGGCCCUCCUCCAUGGUGGACUACCAGAGCUACAUACACACCCAGGAGCUGGUCAGUAGGUUCCUGGAGCAGCCGGCCCACUGCAGCCUGACCCCUGAGGUCCAGGAACUGGUGGACAGCAUCCGCAGUGUGCUGCGCUCCGACCAGGAACACAUGGAGGAGGCCGUACGCUGUGCCAGCUACAUAGAACAGGUAUAGAGGCUAAAUAAAACAGGUAGAGGAUACAUAGAACCAGACCUGGGACAACUAUAGUUUUACCUAUGCUUCGUGGAAAAAAAAAAAAUAAUGGGGGAACAAAUAGACUACAAAUGACUUUUUUACUUUUUUAAACUAUUGAAUACAGAUCUCAGAAAGUUACUACUUUUUCUAAACUAUUUGAAUACAGAUCUGAGAACGCAACUACUUUUUUUUUUUUAUACAGAUCUCAUGAAGUGAAUACUUUUCUGAAGCUAUUGGGUUUGCUGCCUUCAACUAAUGGCAGGGCUGUAUCUGCAACUGCAUGUUGAAGAUAGAAAUAGAAUGAAUAGCUAACAAAAUCUCCAAUCUUUCUUAGUCAUAUUUGAUCUACACAAUACUUUUCUAUCUGAACAUUCUGUAAAUAUCUAGUCUCCUGAAUGUCUAUUGCCCCAGGUGUACAUAAUCAAGUCAAACCAAUGAACCAAUUAUAUUUUGUACAGAUAAGUAUAAAUAAGUUGUGACACUCAUCCCACACUCAGUUUCCCAAACUCGGUCCUCGGGACCCCAAGGAGUGCACAUUUUGGUUUUUGCCCUAGAACUACACAGCUGAUUCAAAUAAUUAACUAUUCAUCAAGCUUUGAUCAUUUGAAUCAGCUGUGUAGUGUUAGGGCAAAAACCAAACCAUGCAUUCCUUGGGGUCCCUAGGACAGAGUUUGGGAAACUCUGAAUUAACCAAUGAUAUUUUGCUAAGAUAAGUAUAAAUAUGUUAUACAAAAGCUAUUUUAAAACAUUGCAAAUAGCAAGUUGGAUUAUUAGCUAAAUCAACUUCUAACCUCUGUCCAUCUGAGGGCAAGUGUUCUUAUUUCAAACACACACUAUACCACCUUUAAAAGGAUAGAUUACUCAGAAUACAAACUAACACAUUUUCCCCCUACCUUGGCUGUAGUUCAUUACAUUUUUUAAAUAUUCUUUAAAUGGGAUAUUUUGUUUCCUUUCAACACUUAGCCAUAUUUUGUUACUGUUAGCGUUCUCAGUAACACUUAACAUUAAACUGUUCUUGUGCCUGUGUAAUAAAGCUGUAAUUACUUUUGGAGCAACAUUUUAUUAGCAUGCUACAUCAUUCUUUGGUUAUUGCAUAAUGAGCUGAGAGUUUUUAAGUACUGUACACAAGGAAUAGUGACUGUUCCUUAUUCCACUUAUGUAAUAACGCCAUUAUUAUGCCAUUAUAAAGCCAUUUCCAAAGUCAUACUUAACAACAAUGUUGCUAUUGUAAUAAUCACAAAGUUACUACACAUGUAUAAGAACUUGAUGUCAAGUGUUACUCUAUUAAGUGUCUAACUCAUUAUGAAAAUAUAUGUGUUAGUCAUUUUGAAGCUGCAAAAGUGGCCUACUUUAAUGGUGAGGUGAUUCCAUGUCCCUCAUGUAUUUAAUUGUAGGCUAUACGCUAUAUUAAGAUUCAUAUCUGAGAGCCCUCCAAACCAUGUGCUAAUGAUAAUAUAUUUAGACAAAUUCAACUAACUGUUGUAGCUUUUGGUUUUCAAAAUACUUUCAAAGAUGAUUUGGUUUUCUGAGACCUGUAUGAAUAUCAAAGAAAAUAGUUGCCUUUUAGUUUAAACUCUAUAUAAACUAUAUUCGUCUACUUCAAGUAUUUGAAAAGUUGGUAUUUUCAAAUAAACUACAAAAUACAACUAUUUUCUGCACAGGUCUCCAUAGAACAGGUAGAUGCUACAUAGAACAGGUAGAAGGUACAUAGAAGAGGUAGAAGGUACAUAGAACAGUUAGAACAGGUAGAGGAGUGGAGGAUGGAGGGAGAGGGGGUGAGAAGGAUGAGUAGGUGAGAAAGAGGAGAUAAGAAGAGAUACAGUUGAAGUCGGAAGUUUACAUACACUUAGGUUGGAGUCAUUAAAACUCGUUUUUCAACCACUUCACAAAUGUCUUGUUAACAAACUAUCGUUUUGGCAAGUUGGUUAGGACAUCUACUUUCUGCAUGACAAAAGUAAGUUUUUCCAACAUUUGUUUACAGACAGAUUAUUUCACUUAUAAUUCACUGUAUCACAAUUCCAGUGGGUCAGACGUUUACAUACACUAAGUUGACUGUGCCUUUAAACAGCUUGGAAAAUUCCAGAAAAUUAUGUCAUGGCUUUAGAAGCUUCUGAUAGGUUAAUUGACAUAAUUUGAGUCAAUUGGAGAUGUACCUGUGGAUCUAUUUCAAGGCCUACCUUCAAACUCAGUGCCUCUUUGCUUGACAUCAUGGGAAAUCAAAUUAAAUCAGCCAAGACCACAGAAAAAAAAAAUGGUAGACCUCCACAAGUCUGGUUCAUCCUUGGGAGCAAUUUCCAAAUGCCUGAAGGUACCACGUUCAUCUGUACAAAUAAUAGUACGCAAGUAUAAACACCAUGGGACCACACAGCCGUCAUACCUCUCAGGAAGGAGACGCGUUCUGUCUCCUAGAGAUUAACAUACUUUGGUGCGAAAAGUGCAAAACAAUCCCAGAACAACAGCAAAGGACCUUGUGAAGAUGCUGGAGGAAACAGGUACAAAAGUAUCUAUAUCAACAGUAAAACAAGUCCUAUAUCGACAUAACCUGAAAGGCCGCUCAGCAAGGAAGAAGCCACUGCUCCAAAACCGCCAUAAAAAAGCCAGACUACAGUUUGCAACUGCACAUGGGGACAAAGAUUCUUGGAGAAAUGUCCUCUGUCUGAUGAAACAAAAAUAGAAGUGCUUGGCCAUAGUGACCAUCGUUAUGUUUGGAGGAAAAAGGGGGAACUUGCAAGCCGAAGAACACCAUCCCAACCGUGAAGCACGGGGGUGGCAGCAUCAUGCUGUGGGGGUACUUUGCUGCAGGAGGGACUGGUGCACUUCACCAAAUAAAUGGCAUCAUGAGGAAGGAAAAUUAUGUGGAUAUAUUGAAGCAACAUCUCAAGACAUCAGUCAGGAAGUAAAAGCUUGGUCGCAAAUGGGUCUUCCAAAUGGACAAUGACCCCAAGCAUACUUCCAAAGUUAGCCAAAAAGGCUUAAGGACAACAAAGUCAAGGUAUUGGAGUGGCCAUCACAAAGCCCUGACCUCAAUCCUAUAGAAAAUAUGUGGGCAGAACAGAAACGGUGUGUGCGAGCAAGGAGGCCUACAAACCUGACUCAGUUACACCAGCUCUGUCAGGAGGAACGGGCCAAAAUUCACCCAACUUAUUGUGGGAAGCUUGUGGAAGGCUACCGGAAAUGUUUGACCCAAGUUAAACAAUUUAAAGGCAGUGCUACCAAAUUCUAAUUGAGUGUAUGUAAACUUCUGACCCACUGGGAAUGUGAUGAAAUAAAUAAAAGCUUAAAUAAAUCCUUCUCUCUACUAUUAUUCUGACAUUUCACAUUCUUAAAAUAAAGUGGUGAUCCUAACUGAUGUAAGACAGGGAAUUUGUAAUAGGAUUAAAUGUCAGGAAUUGUGAAAAACUGAUUUUAAAUGUAUUUGGCUAAGAUGUAUGUAAACUUCCGACUUCAACUGUACAUUUGAGUGAAUUUAUGUGUGAACUAUCCCUUUAAACUGGGUCAUUAUAUCCUCCUCUCCUCUCCAGGUGAUCACAGUAUCAGAGAGAGCAGCAGCCCCAGCUCCAGCCCUCCCCCAGCCCCUGUCCCUCCCCAGGCCCCGCUCCAGACCCUCUGCCCCCCUGUUGGACUGUUCCUCCCAGACCCUGCCCCAGCCCCUCCAGAAGAGACCCGGACUGCUGCACCUCAGGAGCUGUGGGGACCUCAGCACCUUCACCUGGGUGGAACAGCAGCAACUAGAGGCCAGGCAGGGUGGUGGCUCUGGCUCCAGGUCCUGGUCUAAAGCUGGGUCUAGAGCGGGUUCUAGAGUCGGUUCUAUGUCGACGGCACGGGCGGGCUCACACCUGGAUCAUCAUGAGCGCCCCCACAGUCUCAUAGGGGUGUUCAGGGAAACUGUGCUCUGA